AUGGAUUACAAGCCGCCACGGGUAUCAAACAGGUCCCUCACCCCAUACACAGAAGGUCAAAACGGACAUACAUGGCAAGCUGGUAUCGUCCUUCUAGAUACCCUUUCUCGAGGAAUCCAUCGGCUAACAAACCUGUUCCAUGGAGGCAAUGAAUCGGGUGAAAACUUCAGUCGGGUCGUCGGCCAAUUCAUCCAUGGAGAUCGCGGCAACGCAAACCAGAUUUCGCAACCGUCCGUUGACCGGUCCCUGCCUGACUCUGUAGCUACCUCUCUUGCUAGCUCAAGAGACUCUAAAUCGCCUCAAAGCGGCAUGAAGGCUGAGACCCAAGGCCUACCCCCACUGGAAGGGAAAAAGAGAGAAGCCGAAUCCUCAACCCUCUCACGAAAACUGGCGACGCAAGAGAUGCAACAAAAGAGACUUCCAAGUGUUACAGCAAUCAGUACGACGAUGAUAAACGAUACGAUUCAAUACCUACAAGCGGUAUCUGAUCACAUCUCAGUUUCCGACACCAUUUCCUCAAAAGAGUGGGCCAAAAUACACCUCGCCACACAAUUGCUACUGAGCAGACUGAACCAGAAGACAAGUGCCGGAGGUGUGUUGCUGCGGAUGAGGAGCGGUUAUAUGAUUGAGAAGCUCCUCGUUCUUCUUAGCUACCGUAAGAACAAACGGUCAAGAACUGAGUAA